AUGGCUCAUCUCCAAGCAUCGAAUCUAUUCUCAGUCAAGGACCGGGUGGUCGUGAUCACCGGAGGCGGAAGUGGCCUCGGUCGUAUCAUGACCAAAGCCCUAGAUGCCAACGAAGUCUCGAAGAUCUUCAUCCUAGGCCGACGCGAGAACGCGCUAAACGAAACCAUCUCUCAAACCACAAACGGCACCGUGAUCCCAAUCCAAUGCGACAUCACCUCAAAAGAAUCCCUCGAGAAAGCCUACAACGCCGUCGCAGCGCGAACAACACACGUCGACCUCCUAAUCGCCAACAGCGGCGUAAUGGAAGACGGGUCCCUCCCGCCGCUGUCGCAACUCCGGGACGAACUCUUCAACGUCCCCAUGGAGGAGUUCAAUACCGUGAUGAAUGUAAAUGUCACCGGGUCGUAUUACACGGUGUUGGCAUUCUUGCCUCUCCUUGAGGCGGCGAAUAAGAGACGUCCGGCGCCGCAGGAGGAUGUUCUUGCUGCCCCGACUGCGCAGAUUAUUAUUACCAGCUCGAUUGCUGGGUUUAGUCGCAAGGUACCGUUUAGCUUUGCGUAUAAUGCUUCCAAGGCGGCGACGACGCAUCUCGUCAAGAUGCUUUCCACGGCGUUUGCUUAUUACGGUAUUCGUGUUAAUGGUAUCUCGCCUGGUCUUUACUCCUCUGAUAUGGCCGAUCAUAUCUUCCGCGCAUCAGGUAUUCAGGGUCGUGCUAUUUCGGAUGGCUCUUUCCCGAAGGAGAUGAUUCCUGCUACUCGGGGUGGUAGUGAGGAGGACUUGGCGGGUUUGAUUGUUUGGCUGGCUAGUAACUCGGGUGGUUAUAUCAAUGGGAAUAUCUUGCUUACUGAUGGUGGUCGGAUUUCUGUUGCGCCUGCUGUCUACUGA